AUGCGAACUCGCUUUCUGAACAACGACUACUUCACUCUCCCUCCAUCCCAAAACCACCAAACCAUCCCUUUCCUCAACCUCCCUAUCCCUCACCUCCCUCCGCCGCCUUCCUCCACCAUCCACCACCACUUCUACUCUCCUCUCCCUAACGUAUCCCUCCACAUCGACCCCUUCCCUAUCGACUCCGCACUCUCCUCCUUCCUCUCCGCCGUCCUCCCUCACAGAAUCGCGCUUCCCAAUCCAGAUCGUUCCUCCUCCGUAGCCGAAUUUAGAAAUCUCGAGCGAGAAGCGGAUUUUAUCUUCGAAGAUUGUGUCUCUGAUGCUGAUAUUGAAUUUUCCAAAGAGAGUGAAACGGUUGAUCGUUGUAAUGAAAACGAAGUCGUUUAUGAACCGAUUCAGUUCGAAACACACGAGCUUGAUGCACUCUUGGAAAAUGCAUGCUUUACUGAGAAGGAGAGGAUGCAAAUGCUGUCUCAAACUCCAGAGGUUGAAAAUAGCAUGGAAAUGCCCAUGCUUGAGUCAUCGACGCAGUACCCUUAUGAGGCUCUGGAAUCAAUAUCAAGGAUUGAGGAUGUUAUUUCCGAGUACCUUAAGGGCGAUAACUCAUGUGCCUUAGAAGGUAAUAUUUCUGUUGAGCACCAGCCACACGCUGACAAAAAGACAUUUCUCAUCUUGGAAGUGGAUGAGGAAAGUUUGGGAAUUCCCACACGCUUAUCUAUUGAAGAAAUUUUUGAAUCAUAUUUUGGAAAUAUCAGACCUCAAAGUCUUGAUGAACAAUAUCAGUCCACAACAGAGGGCAAGGAACUUUUGGAUUCUCAAGUGCAUGACACGGUGAAAUUGUUCUCAGAAGACUGUGUAGCAAAGAAGAGUUUGGUCUUAUCAGAUCUGUUUCCAGAAAGAGAUUUCAUAAAUAUGUUGGAAAAUGAACAUGUGGAUUGGAAUGUCGCCCUGGAUGGGACAUUGCAGGCUGAUAGUGCUUUGUUAGUGAAUCUCAUCACCUUCCAGGAGUUUGUGUUCCUUGAUGAGGAUAUGAUUAAUACUUUUGAAGCUUUCUAUGAUACAAAAGCAUCGGGUGAUCUAGAAACAAGUGAAUUGAUGUUCAAGAAAGAGUUUAACUUUAUGAGUUUUGAUGAAUUGAUUGUUAGUAAUGAGAUGGCACUAACUGAUGACACAUUCAAAUCAUUUCCUGUACCUGUAAUCUCUGAUCACAAAAAGAUGAUAAAUGUUCAUGGUUUCAUCGAAGAACUGUUUUUCAACAUGAAAACCCAACCCCUAUACGCAUCUGAUGGAAUUUACUUAAACUGGGAUCUACUGGAAGAAGAUAAAUGCAAUUACAAUAUAUCUAAUUGGUAUCAGAACACAUGGGCAAAGAUAGAUAUUAACUACCAUGAUUUCAGAGGGAAAUCUUUAGACAAUAGAAAAUUGAUAUUUGAUUUAGUUUUCUUUGGGGAAAAUAUAGGUGAACGUGACCUUAAAAAUAGCGAAGAGUUGCAGAAGUUGCUUUCUGAUAGCAUUUCUCAGCUUGACAUUCAGCUUGUAGAAUUUGCUGCGAGCACACUAUUAGAACAUGGAUCUUCCAACAAAGGAUGUCGAAAACAAUUACCUGAAAAAAAUGCACAGAGGCCUCCGUUAUUAUUUAAGUCUAUGUCAGAAGUCGGCAACCAUGGUGAUAAUAUAGGUAACUCUGACCUUCAACUAAGUGAAGAGUUGCAAGAGUUGCUUUCUCAUAGUAUGUCUCAGCUUGACAAUCAGCCUAUAGAAUUUGCUGCAAGGAAAAUAUUAGGAAAUGGAUCUUCCAAUCAAGGAUGCCGAGAACAAUUGCCCGAAAGAAAUGCAGAGAGGGCUUCAUUAUUAUUUAAGUCAAUGUCAGAAAUCAGCAACCUUGAUUAUUUCUUAAACCCUCAAAAAGCAACUGUUAAGGAGAGUUGCUAUUUUGCAGUAGAUUCCACCAAUGCUAAUGUUAAUAUCCCAAAAGUUACAUCCACAGAAUUGAAAGCUGGUCUACAGUCACAAGGAUGGCACACUAUUCUGCAUAGAGUUAAACUCUCUGACAAUAUUGUGGCCCUUACUAGAUAUUUUGAAAAAAGCUAUCUAGCUAUAUUGCAGAGUGAUACAGAGUUGACAAAGACGCAUAAAUCAGAUGUACAUUAUUUUGAAUUGCUGAGUCUCGAAAAGCACAAGCUGAUUGAAUUCCAUUCAAAUGGAAAUAAUAUGGCGUUUAUUGUGUUAAGUGCAAUUAAACAGGCUGCUUGGUACUUAUGUUUCUAUGGUCUCAAUCCAGCAUGCUUGUACGUAGACAAACUAUGUCAAAGCAUGGAGUACUUGAAAUCUAGAUUAGGCAUCCUUCAAUCUUUGAUCAAAGAUGAAAAUAGGAAGAUGGAAAACAAUAUUACUAUGGCACACCCUUCGCUGACAAUUGUCAUGGAAAUUUUACAGGCAAACAUCAAACGAGAUUGUUUGAAAGUUUUAAUUGUGACUGAAGAAGUAUUCUGGUGGUCUGUGAAAAAUCUCCUUAUUUCCUUGGGGUUAUCAUUCGGUGACCUAAAUAAUUCUUACAGAAAUCAGUCAUAUUCAAAUAAUCCUCCCGAGGACACUGAUACUAAAAUGAAGGAACUUCUGAGUUCGGAUUGCUUGCUGGUUUCAUACGAGAAUGUUUCUCCAUUAUUUCCAUUCAACAAAUUUGGCGUUAUCUUGGAAUAUGGUGGUCCAAAUAGCUCAUCUAAAAUAUCUGAACUUUCACCAAACUCAGUUGGAUUGCCUAAUCUUCAUUUUUUGAGGGUUGAAUUGGAUGACCAUGCCAAUCUCAAAGCACUAUGUCAAGGUGUUGAAAUGCCCCCAUCCACUGAAAUGUUGCUGGAAAGUGAGACUCCUCUUAUUUUCAAUCACAAGGAAAGUAUGGUAAAUCAAAAGUUAGAACGACUACUGAACUUUUAUCCCGUGGAACAAAGCUAUGAUAUAAAAUCAUCAAAGAUUGCACUUGAAGCAGACAAUUUUGUGCCUCUAAUUCCUGCUGUGAAAACUGAGCAUGGCCAUCAAAGCUUGGAGCCUUUUCUUGGAUCAGUUAUCAUCGUCAAUACUCAAAAUGCAGAUAAGGAUAUGAUAGUGUCUAGAAGAAGCUCUUAUCAAGUAAUUCUUGCGAUGGAGAAAGGAGGAAUUCAAGUUGUUGAACGCGAUUUAGAUUUGCCAGUGGAUGUUAUAUUAAGUUCAGCAGUUUGCUUGGCAUGGUAUGAUAGUAGAAACCUUGGGAAGAAAGAAACUCCAGCUACUGAGGCAUCUUCAAGCUUGCCUUUAUGUAUUGAGAACAUUGCAACUGAUGUUCUGCCAUUGCUUAGUGUUUACUUCCACAGCUGUUUUCUGGUCUUUGAAGGGGAAUUUAACUUUCUUUCAACUGUUAUGGAGUCCUCAGAUGGACUUUAUGCAGCAGCAACAAGUCUGGGUAUUGAUUUGCAGGUCUUCUUCUCUUACUCACCUGAGUUGACCAAUGAAAUUAUGAUAAACUGCAUUAAGAGUACUGCCAUUCAGACAAGGGGUCUGUAUCCUAAAAUGCCUGAUUCGGUAACUCUAGCAGAGUCAUUUCUUACGCAAUUUCCUGGAAUAAAUACUUUAACAGCACACUCUAUACUAUCUUCAGGGGCUACACUUAAUGAGUUUCUUGCAUGGUCACAUGAACAAAUGAUACAUGUUUUAAAAAAAUAUCAUGUCCCGGAAGAAAGCCUUUCUCUAUUAAGUGUUUUCUGCAAAUAUGGGGAACGGGAGGGUUCAAAAUCCAUAAUGACAGACUGUUCCUCUUCGGUAUCUUCUGGUCCAGACUCAGAUCGGUGUCAUUUUUAUCAAGCUGACACUAAAAGAAAAAGAACAAACCCUGUAAUCAUUCAUCAGGAGGAGGAACUGUGCUUUGAUGAAUUGUUGCAAUUUGAAACACGAAACCAAGUUGUUGAGGCUGUCCCUGAUUCGUCUACCUUGCAGAGUCCUUUGAAUCUUGGUAUGUCAAAAGAUGCUGGGAGAUCCAGAGACUUAGGGAAAGCUAAUUUGCACAUGAGCGAUGCGUUUUGCCAAAAGCAAAGAAACAUUGCGCCAACAAUGAGAAACCUUUCCAGUGUAUCCCCCGCAUCAUGGAACUGCAGAGCACCCCAAAUAUCAGAGCAGCAAGAACAGCCCAGUUUAUCUUUCAAAAAUAGUGAAGAGUUUGCUCAAAAUAAAAGAACAGAUACUGUUUUGAUGGGCAAAAAUUUGAAUUGGCAUGACCGUGGUAAUUUUGAAAACGUUAGAGGUGAGGUGGUUGACUUGACUGACAGUCCUCUAUUCGAUGAAAGCUUCUCUAUUUCUGACUCCAUGCAUUUCCCAAAUUUGAUAACCGAGGAGGAGAAAGAUCAUAUUAGAAAGCAUAAAAUUUCCAGGAAGUUGUCAUUUGAUAAUAGCAUUCACCAAGCAAGCAACUCAAUGUGGAAAUCUAUGAAAGAUACAGGAGAAGUUGAUGAUCAUGCAGAACCAGAUUUUGGAAAAAAUGCAUUUCCUCUUGAUUUCAGCACCCAUGAAAACAUUGAUUCCACUCCAGUAAGAAACCUAGGAGGAUUAACUUUCCAGGAGGGAGUGUCAUAUUUGAGCGAAACUCCACUCUCACGUGUCCGCAGGUCAGCUAGUCCAUUAAAGCAUUCACCUUGGACCACUGAAUUUAUUAAUAAAGUAAAAGAAAAGAGCAAAUUGCGUCAAAAAUCAUUAUUGUGUGGGAAUUCCAGUUCUGGUUUUGGGUAUCAGGGGAAUAUUUCAAAAUUUUGUAAGAGAAGUCCCUCUAUACUUGAGUCUUUUAGGUACCAACCUAGUAAAACACCAGGAAAUAUGCCGGAACAGAAAAGACUGAAGCAAUCUGGACAAUCUUCAAACUCUGCCAAGAAAGGAAGAUAUUCUGUUCCUGUAUCCGCUUGUACUCCUAAUGACAAGAGAUCGACGAAGACACUGACAUUUGGGAGGAGUACAAGUGGAAGCCAAACUAAGCUGGUCUGGAGUGAUCAAAGAAAGUUAUCUUAUCAGGCACAGUAAUCCACCACUGGAGAGAAGAAUAGAGAUUUAUAUUAUAUACGACCCUGGGUUUAACUAACCUUUUGAAACGAGGUUUGAUAAAGCAUAACUAUGAAGUGUGUUUCUCAUGAUUUAAGUUUCAUGUACUAAAUUUGGCUUCCUCGUACUAAAA